CAUUUAACACACUUUACAUGCCCCUCAAUGUCCGCCAAGCUACCUGAACUCAUGUGUGUGUGUUUGUGAAUAAGCUGUAUGAUUUAAAACUCACACUAUGUAUCUUAGGCUGUACAGCUUCAUUCGAGGUUCGUGCCAGCAGCUUUUUGAGCCCUUGAAUUCAUCUGGACGGUUAAUUGGCGGAAAUGUGGGGCUUCAGCGUCCGCUGUCACGCAGUGCCAUCCGAUUACAAGAUACUGACGCCAAACCAGUGGAAACCAAGAGCUCAUCAUCCCCCGUCAAAAGACUGAAAGAUCUCUUCCCUCCAUUUCCGGGUGAGGAGAGCUCCCUGAUAUGGGACAGCAAGAAGUUUGAAGAGUUACCGAUAGCACACAUAAAAGCCACAUAUAACAACACACAUAUCCAGGUCACAGAUUGUCUGGGCCAGUACAUGGUCCGAACCUCGUGUGGAUCAGAGGGCUUUAAGAAUGUGAAGAAAUCCACUCCUAUUGCAGCACAGACUGCUGGGAUUUCAGCUGCUGCGAAGGCGAGGGCAAAGGGGGUCACCUACGUCCGUGUGCUGGUGAAGGGACUCGGUCCGGGGCGCUUGUCUGCCAUUAAAGGGUUAACCAUGGGAGGACUGGAGGUUGUUUCCAUCACUGACAACACCCCAGUGCCGCACAAUGGCUGUCGCCCUCGCAAAGCACGAAGGAUGUGAGGAGGAAGAAACCCCAUGAACCCUGAAGUCCUGUUUGUCUUUCUCUCUGCAUUAUCAUCGAACAUCCAGUCUGAAUAUAGAGGUUGAAUGCUCAAUUAUUCAGCUCAACGCUAUUGGAGAGUAAUGCUUUAUUCCUUUAUGUAGCGGCAAAGCUAUGUAUAUGUAUUUACCUUUUUGAUAAUUAUUAAAGUGUGAAGGUGUCACUCAUCAUGUCUAUUUUCAUUCUUAU